GGGAUAUAUUGUUCUCGCAUUUAUAUUUGCAUUUACGCGAAAAAAUGUAUCUCCAAUACCAAUUCCAGCUCCGGAUAACCAAAUUAUAAAAGAAUUGGGAAAAGCCAUUCUAACUCUCAGCAAUGAAAUUAUUAAGAUGCAUGCUGUGCUGAGGCGGAAUGGAAGACAUUUCUCACAAUUGAUCCAUCCAGUCGGUAAAGCCAUGGAAUGA